UCGAAUUAGAAAUUGGAUCCUGAAUGCUAAGAACGCGCGUUUAUUUAAGUACCAACAUGAGUAACUGUGGUGAACAUAUUAAAGACUUGCGUGAACAAAUCGAUUCUCCAUGCAAUAAAAUCUGUGCUGACUGCCGUUGCACAAUAGUUAAAUAUGCUUCUCUAUCUUACGGAGUUUUUCUUUGUGAACUAUGUGGUGUUGCACAUCAGUCACUGAAUGGAAAUAUAAAAAAGAUUUCCACAGACGAGAAUAAUAGUGUAAUUUGGUCAGAUGAUAGUGUGUCCCGCUUGAGGAAGUUUGGAGGGAACAAGGCUAUUAAUCAAAAGUUAGAAGCCUCACUCCCAGUGUAUUUCCGCCGUCCUUGGCCGGGCUUAGAAUGUCCUGUCUUUCUUAGAGAGGCAUUUAUAAAAUCAAAAUAUGUGCAUGAAGAGUUCACCAGUGACGCCAUCGCUAGAGGGGCUCAAAGUCAGUUUGCUUGCUCUUUUAAGUCAGGUGUACUGCUGAAAAAGCUGCGUGACACCACUACUUUUUGUGAGCGCUUUUUCGAACUUUCUGUAGAAGGAAAUUAUCUUCGUUACUACGUUAAGCCAUCCGAUUCACAACCUAAACAAUCGCUUGAUCUAGAAAGACUUAAUUUUACGUUCAUUUCAUCUAAGGAUUUCGGUCUACCACCACAUACUGCGCUCAUUCAGUUCGUUCAAGACUGUUCGACAAGACACAUGUUCAUCCGCUCUGAGGACAGCAGAACUAUAAUCAAUUGGUAUAACGCAAUACGUUUGGGCAAGUAUCACCGUUUAUGCCUCGGUCUUAGUGGUAUGGGUGUUACAUUGUCACCAUGUGAACUGAGUAAAAGGCUGACUAGAGACAUAGAUAUGUAUGGUUGGCUCUCCAAAACAGGACCUCGCAAGAAAGAUGCUUGGCGUCGCCGUUGGUGCAUGAUUCUACACCGUCAUUUUCUAUAUACUGAUCAUCCAUUAAGUCCAUUUUCCAAGGGAGAGUUGUUCAUUGGUUCUAACAAGGAAGGCUACUCUAUAACUAAUAGCACUCCUGAUGGCUGGAACCGUCAUAAUGGGUUUCCGUUAACUAUUCAUACAUCCGCACGUCCUUUUGUGUUUGCUGCUGACAAAAAAGAAGAACAGGAAAAGUGGCUAGAAGUUAUUCAAAAGAUUAUAAAUAUACCACUGACACUUUCAGAACACAAACAGGCAGCAAUGGUAGCCAAAAAGCGUACCAAUGCACUAGACUUCCUCAAAAAUUCUUAAACUUCCUGGAGUUCUAUUAUUCUCCAAUAUAAUAACUAGUCAGCUAUUGCCAUGGAGUAUUUUUUAGACCAAAUAUAGCGUGUGAAAUAUUUUUCAUUGCCCCAUGUAAAUAAACUCAUGCAUCCUGUAAACGUUUUUAUGCGUUUUUAUUUAUGUACUAUGAUAACCCCGUUCGAAAUUUUUAACCUUUUUCACAGAUUACACUUUCAGUUACUUAUGUCAAAAAUGCAUAUCAUUUCAUAAUUUUGUAGAACCCUAAAUAAUUUAAGUUUUACAUAUCUCCAGUAUUUAUUGAGUCAUAGAAAUAGUUAUGUCUCAUUUUGAAACUUGUAAAAUAGCUUAUAGAAUGGAAAUAACAGUUGUUCUACAUAUUUCCUAGUAGUCUUCCUGUGGUUUUGAAUUUUUUUCAAAUGUCAUUGCUCGUCAGCACAUCUCUCCCUCCCAAAAACCAAAAUGCCUCUGCUUUGACCAAUCGCAACAAAUACGAGAUUACAAGCUCAUAGAAAAAUGCUAUGUUUCAGGAACUUGCAUAACUCAGUUUUUAGUAACCAGCUGAAAUAUCUCUGACAGUUGUAUUAUUACAGCUGAAGAAUGAACACUCA